AUGGACGAUUCGACGACGGCGGCGGAGGAGACGCGAAACCGGAAACGAGCACGGCUAACCUCAUCGGCCGGUGAUGUCGUCGACCGGAUCAGCAGCCUCAACGACGACGUGCUCCUCCACGUCCUGGAGCUUGUAGGCGACGUGAGGGACGUGGUGCGCACGACGAGCGCGCUCUCGCGGCGGUGGCGCAACCUCUGGAAGCGCGUGCCUGCGCUCAGCUUCGCAUCUCGCUCGGUGUGGGAAGCCACCGUCGUUGAAGACUACGCCGCCUUGACGCGGUACGUCUCCUCCGUUAACGACGUCCUCGUCCUGCGUUCCCAAUCCGCCGGCUGCGCCAUUGAGAGGCUGGCGAUCUCGAUCGUAUACCACGUAUUCACGAGACACUGA